GCGUUUCACUCGUUCUUACGCUGAUUUAGCUUCUAACACGAAUAUAAGCAGUUCAAAUCAGAAUUUAAAGCCAAAAAUUUUUGAAAAUUCCGGCGAAGUUGACAGAAAAGCCGUUGAAAAAAAAGAGAGAGAAAAAGCAGAAUCAAAUGGCAAAGAACAAAAGCAGUUUCUGAGUUAUAUAAAUUCUCCAGAACACUGGACAAAACAACAUCCUAUUCCAGACCCCACAUUUGAGGUUGUCACUCCGGGAACUUUGGGUGCGUUACUCUUG